CCAGACCAGGGUCUGGCCCACGCCGGUCAUGCUGACCACGCGGUAGCCGAGGCUCUCCAGCUUGUCCAGGACCACGCGCGGAGCGUCGUUCACGUAGUACUCACAGCUGCACCCGGGAAAGAUGGGAAUAAGGGACAGCCAGCAAUCCCACCGGUGCUCCUGGACACUUGAUCCCAGCCAGAGAUCCCAACCACUGCCCGGCUCCCGUCUGCCCCAGCCGUGCCCACUCCCUUGGCCGCGUUUUCCACCCUGGAAUGGCUUUUUGGGGACGAGGGAAAACCGGCUGCGAGGGCGUUCGUGGGAUCUCGCCGCAAGUUUCCCAAGCCAGGCCGUGCCCGUGCCGGUGCCCCGGGCGCUGCUCCCGGCGGGAGAUGGAGAUGGAGCCGUGCCCAGCCCCCUGCUGAGGCAGGACGAGCAGCUGGAGCUGCUGGAGCGCCUGGACUUCGUGGUGAGCAACGUGGCCGAGCUGAGGAAGGAGGUGGAGGAGCUGCGGAGCAGCCUGCAGGACCUGGCCGCGGGGAUCGUGGGGGAAAUCAGGACCCACCUGGAGGAAACCCAGCGCGUGGCUCGCCGGAGGAAGUUCCCCUUCUCCAGGGAGAGAAGUGACUCCACAGGCUCCAGCUCCAUUUAUUUCACAGCCAGCUCAGGGAAGCUCAACACAGAUGAUGGAGAGAGUGAAGGGGGUUACACCACGGCCAACGCCGAGUCCGACUACGAGCGGGAGUCGGAGCGGGAGUCGGAGCGGGAGAGCGAGGACGAAGUGAGCUGUGACACCGUGAGGACCAUGCGCAGGGACUCCCUGGAGCUGGCCCCCGAGGAUGAGAACCCCCUGCUGCUGGAGGCCUCGCUGGACGAGGGGCUGGGCCAGCUCCUGGAGCAGGCUGACCGCCUGCACAGCGGGGAUGAGCAGGACAGGAGAGAGGGCUUCCAGCUGCUCCUCAACAACAAGCUGGCGUACGCGGGGCAGCGCGAGUUCCUGUGGCGCCUGGCGCGGGCGCACUGCGACAUGUGGGAGCUGACGGAGGACAAGGACGAGAGGAGGUCCUAUGCCACAGGGGGGAAGGAAGAGCUGGAACUUGCCUUGCACAAAUGGGAUCAAAGUGCUGAGUGCCACCAGUGGUUUGCCGUCCUUUGUGGGCAGGUGUCGGAGCAGGAGAGCAUUUCCAAGCGCAUCCAGGCUGGAUAUGUUUUCAAGGAACACAUUGACAAAGCCAUUGCCCUGAAGCCACAGGACCCACAGCUCUACUAUCUGCUGGGCAGGUGGUGUUACCAGGUUGCCCACCUGGGCUGGCUGGAGAAGAGGACGGUGUCGGCGCUGUUCGAGGCCCCCCUGACGGCCACGGUGCAGGACGCGCUCCAGAACUUCCUGCGGGUCGAGGAGCUGAGCCCAGGGUUUUCCAAAGCAGGAAGAGUUUACAUUGCCAAGUGCUACAGGGACCUGGGGAACGCCUCGGCGGCGGUGCUGUGGAUGGACCUGGCCGCGGAGCUGCCCGGCUACACCAAAGAGAUGCUGGAAUUGCCUCCCUGGAUGUGCACUGAGCUCUCGCUGCAGGAACUGCCAGGCCUUGAUGGUUGUGAGUUCAUGUUCUUCUCACUGGGGAAUUGGAAAUAAUUAUUAAUUAUUAAUUGCAGAAGUGUUUUCUGAAACCUUUCCUCUUUGCCUGAAUUCCUAACUGGAGCAGCUCCUAACUGGGAAAACCUGGGAUAACUCAGAGGGGACAGAGGUGACAUUUUUAGCUGAAAACCUGGGGCAGUUGAGAGGGGAGACAAGAACUGUUUGUGUAGGAAAAUGUGAGGGGAUGUCAAGGGGAGCAAGGUUUUGAGGGAAAAGCUGAGGUGAUGUUUAGGGGAGAGAAUGCAAAUUUCUGGAGUAGAAAAGAGCUAAUCAAUAUUGUACUGGAAGGGAAACUUUGGGGGUAAAACUCAAAGUAAUCUGUAGGGGACAGAAUGAACACAUUGGAGUAAAACUGAGGUACUCAGUAGUAGACAAGGAAAAUUUCAGAGACAAAACUUGACAAAAUCCCAAGAGUAGAGAAUGAACACUUUGAGGGAAAAAUGAGGUGAUGAAUACUGAGCAUGUGGGGAAAAUCUGGGGCCUAAAUCUGAGAUAAUCUCUAGGGGAGAGCAUGAACAUACUGAGGUAAUGUGAGGGAAUCACUUGUGGGCAGAUGGGGAAAUUUUGGGUAAAAAUUUUAUGGAAUAAUCUGUAGAGUGAACAUUUUGAAGUAAAAAUUAGGUACACAUGGAAAUUUUGGGGGUAAAUCUUGACAAAAGCUACAUGGUAGAAAGCAAAUAAUGCUGAAGGAAAAAUGAGGGAAUCAGUAGUGGACAGGGAAUUUUGGGGGGCAAAACCUGAAAUAAUCUAAAGGUUGAGAAUUAAUAUUUUUAGGUAAAAAUGAGGUAAUAAGUUGUGGACAGUUAAGGAAGAUUUUGGGGGUUAAAUCUCUAGGGGGAGAGUGAACACUGACAAACUGAGGCAGUUACUGGGAGUAGACAAGGAAAUUUUGGGGGUAAAACUUGGGAAGAUCUGUAGGGCAUGGAAUAAACACAUUGAGGUAGAACUGAAGUGAUCAGUAGUAAACACUAGGUAGAAUUUGGGGGGCAAACCCUGAGGUAAUUAUGUAAGAACAAUAAAGGGUUUUGGGAAAAAAUAAUCCGACAUAAUUUGCAGGGGACAGAAUGAACAUUUGGGGGAUAAGAGACAUAACCUGUGUGGUUUUG